AACCUUUGUCAUCCCCACACAGUGAAAUGGCACUCUAUCUGAACCCAUCUGCAUACAUGGCACAAGUUCCUCCAUCCCCACACACAGACACGGGGCAGCGUCCUCAAUACUCAGACUCAGCCAUGGGGCAGCACAAUCAUCCACACAUCCAGCACCCUCUUUAUCCACACAUCCGCACGGCACAGAUCUCUUCACAGCCUCCCUUAGAUGAGCACACAGUCAUGACAGGCAGCACCCAUCUGCAAACUGAGCAUGCUCCAGUCAAAAGGGCCAAACGAACAGAUGACGAUGUCCUCACCAGAGUACUGAUGACCCAUAAAGCCAUCAUGAAGAGGAGGUUUGAGAGCAUAUGUGAAGGCAUCAUAAGGUCAGGGACUCAAACACUCCUGAACAAGAUCUACACAGAGCUCUACAUCACAGAGGGGGAGAGUGAAGGGGUGAAUAAUGAGCAUGAGGUUUGGCAGGUAGAGUCAGCAUCCAGGCCACAAACUACAGAAGACACAGCAAUCAACUGCAAUGAUAUCUUCAAGCCCUUACCUGGACAGGAGAGACAAAUCAGAACAGUCAUGACCAAGGGCAUUGCUGGCAUUGGAAAAACCGUCUCAGUGCAGAAGUUCAUCCUUGACUGGGCAGAGGAGAGAGCUAACCAGGAUGUAGAUUUCAUGUUUGUGCUUCCAUUCCGUGAGCUGAAUUUGGUCAAACAUGAUCAGUACAGUCUUCACAGACUCCUGCUUGACUUCCACCCUGAGCUUAGAGAGCUACAGAAUGGUGAAUACAAAGACUGCCACAUUGUGUUCAUCUUUGAUGGUCUUGAUGAGAGUCGACUUCCACUGAAUUUCCAAAAGAAUCAGACGUUGUCUGAUGUGACACAAACAUCAUCAGUGGAUGUGCUGAUGACGAGCCUCAUUCACGGAACUCUGCUUUCCUCUGCUCUCCUCUGGAUAACCUCCCGACCUGCAGCAACCAGUCAGAUCCCUUCUCAGUGCAUCAGUCUGGUGACAGAAGUACGAGGGUUCAAUGACCCACAGAAGGAAGAGUACUUCAGGAAGAGGAUCAGUGACCAGAAUCAAGCCAACAGAAUCGUCUCACACAUUACAGCAACCAGGAGUCUCCACAUCAUGUGCCACAUGCCAGUCUUCUGUUGGAUCUCAGCCACUGUCCUUCAGCAGAUUCUGGAACAAGAUGAUGGGAAGGAAGUCCCCAAAACACUGACUGAAAUGUUCAUACACUUCCUGCUCAUCCAGACCACCAGGAAGAAUCAGAAGUAUCAAGAGGAAAGUGAGACAGAUCGACAGAGGCUCCUGGAGUCACAUAAGGGUGUCGUAUUGAAACUGGCAGAGCUGGCUUUCAAGCAUCUGGAGAACGGCAAUCUCAUGUUCUAUGAGGAAGACCUGAGAGAGUGUGGCAUUGAUGUCAGUGAAGCCUCAGUGUACUCUGGCAUGUGCACUGAGAUCUUCAGGGAGGAAUGUGUGUUUCACCACAAGAAAGUCUACUGCUUUGUUCAUCUGAGCAUCCAGGAGUUUCUGGCAGCCAUGUUUGUGUUUCACUCUUACAUGUCAGGAAAUCUAGAGACACUGAUAUCAUUCCUCCCUAAAAAACGCAGAGACAGAGAAGCUUCCCUUCCUUUGCAUGUUCUGUUGAAGAGUGCCGUGGACAAGUCUUUGGACAGCAGGAAUGGACAACUGGACCUUUUCCUUCGCUUCCUUGUAGGCAUUUCAGUGGAGAGCAACCAGAUACUCCUACACGGCUUGUUGACAAACAAGCACAGCAGCUCAGAGAGCAUCAAGAAAACAUGUAACUAUAUCAAGAUUCUCAAGAGGAAGGACCUGUCUCCUGAAAGAUGCAUCAAUCUCUUCCACUGCUUAUUUGAAAUGAAAAACCAUUCCCUACAUGAAGAUGUUCAGAAAUAUCUCAAAUCUCCAGAUGACUUCUCAGAUGAAUUGAGACCUGCCCACUGUUCAGCACUGGCCCACAUGCUACUGAUGUCUGAGGAGGUGCUGGAUGAGUUUGACUUGAGCAAAUACAAAACAUCAGAGGAGGGACGGAGGAGACUGGUGCCAGCUGUGAGAUGCUGCAGGAAGGCUGUACUUGCUGACUGUAAGCUAACAGAGAAGUCCUGUGAGAUUGUGGCCUCAGCUCUGCAGUCUGCAAACUCCCCCUUAAGAGAGUUGGACCUGAGUCAGAAUGACCUGCAUAAGUCAGGAGAAAAGCUUGUCUCUGCUCUUCUGAGUCCAAACUGCAAACUGGAGACACUGAGACUUUUUGGCUGUAAACUAAAAGGGGGAUUUUUGGCCUUGGCUCACAAGGGGGCAAACCCCCACCUAAGAGAGCUGGACAUCAACAACACUGAGCUUCAGGACUGUGGAGGAGAACUGCUCCAUCAACCACUGAAUCAAGACUGUAAAGUGAGACUUACCAGGUGUAAACUCAAACACAGCUCAUGUGAGAUUGUGGCCUCAGUUCUGCAGUCAUAUCAUUCUCAGCUGAGUGAGUUGGACAUGAUUGGCUGUGAUCUGCAAACGUCAGAAGAGAAGCAGCUCUCUGAUCUUAGAAACCCAAACUGCCGACUGAAGAAACUGAGCCCUAGGAGUUCCCACACUGGAAAGUGCAUUUUCUCGCUGUGGGGCGAAGCAGGUAGAGACUAUCUCUCCAUGGCUCUGACUGGAGGAUAAAUGCUAUUCCAUCCACUGCAUUCUCC